CCUGCCAACCAUUCCCCCUGGGAACCUCUGGGAUGGGGGAAAAGGAGGCCGGGGACAGGAGGGGGCUCUGCCGGACAAGGUGCAAUCUCUCCAGGCCACCCCCUUUUUGUCAGGCUGCCAGAUCUGCCCCACGGAGUCCCGUUUGGGGCUUCCAGAACUUCCAUGUGUGCCCACCUCCCUUCCUCCCUCUCGCCCCCCCCCCCGAUUGAUUGGGGCUGCAGAGGCAGGAGGAGGGGGUCCUGCACUUUGAUGCCCCCCAUCCCCUCCCCGAUCCUGGAAUGCUAUGGGCGGCUUCCCUCCCUGCUUGCUCCCUCCAGUCCCAGGUGCCUCCGAGGUGGAGGCUGUGUGUGCUUUUCUUAAGGUGGAGCCUUAUCAGGGGCAGGCGAAAGACGACACGGCCCUGAACGGCCUCCGGCUGCAUUGCACGCGUGGCAGCCACGGUGGGAGGGCCAAGGCCACAACGGUGGAGUCCCAGAGCAACGUGUGGGGCCACUGGACUGACCCCCUCUGGUGCUCCCCGGGCAGCUACCUGACGGGCUUCUCUCUGCGGGUGGAGCGUGUCCGGCGUGGCAUCACCGACUACAUGGGUGCCACCAAUAUCCGCUUCGCCUGCUCAGACAAGAAGGUCCUGGAGGGGCCAGGGCUGCCCUGGGGGGAGUACGGAGCCUGGAGCCCCUCCUGCCUGAAGGGCCUGUGCGGGAUCCAGACCAAGCAGGAGGCCAUCCGGGGUGUCCUGGUGGAUGACUCCGCCCUCAACGACCUCCGCUUCCUCUGCUGCACCCAGUGACCCCCACGGAGCCCCCACAGGUCCCCCCCCCAGCUUCUCCCAGGACCCCCCGCCCGACUUCUGCCAAGAAGACCCCUCAGAGUGGACGGAGGCUGCAGCAGAGAGCCGUUUAUUUGGGGGCUUCCAAUAAACCUUCGCGAUUGCACCCCU